GGUUGAGACUCUGGAGACUAAGAAUGGUGCAGUUGCUGGUCUUCCUGGUAGUGGCAUCAAUAUCUGGGACACCAGUGGUCUGCCUUGGAAUGGAGUCAGCGAUGAUGAAGAUUUCUACCGAGGAGAGGGUUCUGGGGGCCUGGAGUACAACCCGUACCAUCCUAAGGAGGAAAGAGGUGUUCAGGGCCCUCCUGGACCCCCUGGUCCCCAAGGUCCCCAAGGAGUUAAGGGAAUUGAAGGCAUCCAGGGCUUAAUGGGUUCCCCAGGAGAUACUGGGCCACCAGGACAGCCUGGUUUAGAUGGGCUGCCUGGCCAUCAGGGAAUAAAAGGAGAACCAGGGAUUAAGGGCCACAAAGGAGACAAAGGACCCCAUGGGCCCAAAGGUGAAACAGGUGACAGAGGUGCAGCCGGUCCCCCAGGUCCAGUGACCACCCUGGUGCAGCCUAGUGGGAAGAAUGUCACGUUAGUAAAGGGUGAUAAAGGCGACCGUGGCAAAAGAGGCAAGCGAGGGAAACGGGGCCCUGCUGGUCCUCCAGGAACCAUUGGGGACCUUGGUCUCCCAGGAUGGCCGAAUGUGACAGAAAUUGGUACCCCAGGCCCUGCUGGUCCUCCAGGACCUACUGGAAUUGGCAUAAAAGGAGAGCGUGGUCCCCCUGGCCCCCCUGGUCCACCAACUGGUGGUACAUUCAGUGGUAUUUUGGGCAGCAGCAGCUCUGACAUUGCAGGCACACAGGUUCCUAGUGAUGUUGUGUCUUUGGGCACUCCUGGACCACCUGGGCCACCAGGAUCACCAGGGCCUCCUGGACCCCAAGGACCCGAAGGACCCCCAGGGACUCUGGAAAGCUCCCAGACAGGCGAUAAUCAAAUGUACAUCCCAGUACCUGGACCACCAGGCCCUCCUGGUCCACCAGGCCCUCCUGGUGAUCCAGGCCACAGCUCAGAGGGAACACAUGGACCCCGCGGACCCACUGGGGCACCGGGACAUGGUCUACCUGGGAACCCAGGACUCCCGGGAUCACCAGGCCAAACAGGCUAUGGCCAGAGAGGUCCCCCUGGUCCACCUGGUGCUCCUGGUCAACCUGGGCAAGAUGGAGGAGGAUCUCAAGAACCAACCUCUAAUAUUGUGCCUGGUGCUGUCACCUUCCCAGACAAAACUGCCAUGUUGAAGAUGAGUGAUAUGUCACCUUUAGGGACUUUGGCCUUCCUGAUCGAUGAAGAAGUGAUGCUGGUCCGAAUUGGCGCUGGCUGGCAAUAUAUAUCUAUGGGCUCUGUGGUGCCUCUCCCCAUCACCACUCCGGCGUCACCCACCACCACUACCCAGCUGUCUGCUGCACACCAUCCGCCACUCCAGGUGGACUCACUCGUCAAUUUUGUGGAAGGACCCAGGCCAGGACAGCUUACCAAGUUACGGCUGGCAGCCCUGAACCAGCCCUACAGUGGAGACAUGCAUGGUGUGAGGGGAGCCGACUAUGCAUGCUACAGACAGGCACGCAGGGCAGGCCUCAGGGGUACCUUCAGGGCUUUCCUCACAUCCAGGGUGCAAAACCUGGACUCCAUCGUCAGAUACACUGAUAGAGACCUGCCUGUUGUUAAUAUUAAGGGCGAAGUACUGUUCAACACAUGGCGGGGAAUAUUCUCUGGAUCAGGAGGCAUCUUUCCUCAGAAGCCACGCAUUUUCAGCUUUGAUGGAAAGGAAGUGCUAUCCAGCCCAGUUUGGCCACAGAAGUAUGUGUGGCAUGGAUCUGACCUGCUGGGUGAGCGAGCACUAUCCUCAUAUUGUGAUGCUUGGAAUAGUGAGUCUCACGAUGUGGUGGGUCUGGCCUCCUCCUUGCUGAAGAGCCGUCUGCUGGCCCAGGAGCGGCUUGGCUGCCACAACUCCUUCAUUGUGUUGUGUAUUGAGGCUACCAGUCAGGCUCGUUACCGACGGAAACGACACCUGGGAACUCAGGAACUAGAAAUGACUAAAGAUGAAUACCAAGACCUGCUUAACUCUCUUAACUCUGUUGAGGAAAAUGUAUAGAAGACAGUUUCAGUAAUCUAAAUGUGUAGGGUAUCAGAAGAAAUAACAUUAGAAGCACACACAUCAAUAGAAAACUUUUUUUUUUAAAUGAAAGCAUUUGUAGUUUUGUCUCUUCUUAGGCUAUAGUAAAACUGUUGUCAUUACAAAAAAAAAUAUUUUUAUGGAAAAAAUGCAUAUUAUACUUAAAGAGUGGAGAACUUUGCAUCAAGAUAAUUUAUUGCUUCUGAAUGUGAAAGGCAUUAACGAAGCCACUGCUCAAAGUAGACAGUUGACCACCAGUCAUGUUCUUUGUCGUUAUUUUUCUCACAUUUUAGUUUACCAACAUGUGAGUAAACAACAAGGUCUGAGUAUAUACCUUGUGUUUUUUUUUGUACUGUACUAUAUUAAAGAUAUUUUAGUUAUGGACAUCAGUGUACAUUGGGAACUCUGAAAAUUAUCAUUGUCUUUAUCAAGUGGUCUGAUGCCAACAGAACUUACCUGCCCUCGGUGAUAUUUCUUCAUGUAAAUCAAAAUAAGUAAAUGGCUUUUUUUUAUCAGUACCAUUUUGAUGAAAUGGUGGAUAUUUAGACACGUUUGAAAAAUGUGAGAAGAAAGAGAUAAAAACUUGAGAGACCAUGACACUCUGCACCUCCUUCAGAAAGGUUGGAUGACACUUGUUGUGUUUGGGAAGCUGACAAGAACAGUCAACACAUUACAGGUAGUUAGUGAAUAUCAUUAUAUAAAAAUGUUUUAAAGUC